GCAAAGCAAAUUUCCGACAAGAUUAGAUCGGAAAAGGAAGUGUGUCUACCAGAGUAAAUGCAAAAAAUGUUUACAAAUUACUCCCAUUCAAGCUAAGGCAGGUGAACAUUGAGCAAUUGUUCCUCGUGUAUGCAAAGUAGAAAAUAAUUGGCUUAAUUAUCUGAUACCUGCUGAAUCACGAUAAACGCCGCCUCUGUGUUUAAUGAGUUGUAUUUCGAAAUAGACACCGGAAGUGUUUGGGGUGUUCCGCCAUGAUUACGCACUGUGGCGGCAACAGACAUUUGGUCAACACAGCAUAUAGACGUAGUCGUAAAUGUUCACAUAAAUCCGUUAUGCCCACGCAGCAUACAGCUGACAGACACUAUCCGGGCUGCGGUGGCUGGCUCACCUUUGGGAGCACUGCACAGACUGGAGUUGUUGACCGGUUAGCAGCAGGAAGCUAACUGCUAUUAGCCUUUUUGUGAUGGAUGAAGACUACCUGCUAGCCCUUCAUCUUCAAGAACAGUUCAACAACGAGUACGAUGCUCCUAUUUUGGCAUCCAACGACGUCGGACAAAGUGCCAAUAAACGGAAAGUGGAAAUCAACGGCGGCGCACUUGUGCCCUGGAAGCGAAGUGUGAACCCUGAGAGGCCACUGUCCAUCGUGGAUCCGUCGUGGGAGACGCUGGACCCGACUCCGGAUGUCAGGGCCAUGUUCCUGGAGUUCAACAGCAGGUUCUUCUGGGACAAGCUCAGCGGCGUGGAGGUUAAGUGGAGCCCCAGGAUGACACUGUGUGCGGGUGUGUGUUCAUACGAGGGGCGAGGCGGACUGUGUUCUAUCAGGCUCAGUGAGCCUCUUCUCAAGCUCAGACCCAGGAAAGACCUGGUGGAGACUCUCCUCCAUGAGAUGAUCCACGCUCUCCUGUUUGUGACCCACAACAACCGAGACCGCGAAGGCCACGGGCCCGAGUUCUGCAAGCACAUGAACCGCAUCAACAAGGACAGCGGGACCAACAUCACAGUGUACCACAACUUCAACGACGAGGUGGACGUGUACCGCCAGCACUGGUGGCGUUGCGACGGGCCCUGCCAGAACCGAAGGCCCUACUUUGGCUACGUGAAGAGGGCCAUGAAUCGGGCCCCCUCAGCCCUGGACCCCUGGUGGGGGGACCACCAGAGGACAUGCGGGGGCACCUACACCAAGGUGAAGGAGCCUGAGGGGUACGGCAAGAAGAAAGGCAAGAAAGAGGUUGAAACAAACGGGAAGACGUCUGCCAGGGAAAAGCCUUCAGGGUCAGGGUUUGUGUCUCGGGAUAUUCGGGACAUCAUCCCAUUCAGCGGAAAAGGCUUGGUCCUCGGCGGGACGCCGUCCAAGGGCUCAGCCCCUCCACCUACCUCCUCAUCUGGCCCCGCCUCCUCUGGCAGUCCUCCCCUGAAGCGUCCUCACAACAUGACAGGAGGAGGGUUGUUUCCCUCGCUGGACCAGAAGACGCUCCUAAAGAAGUCUGUAGCAAACACCAAAGUGUUCGUCAGCAUCAACGGCUCGCCUGUGAGGAUCUCCAAAACUUCUCGUGGUGCUGAUAAAAGUCAAGGAGCAGAAAGAGGCACGCAGCCGUCCAUUGAGGAUCUUUUCACCAAGUCAGCAAGACGCUCGUCCGCCGCAGACUCACAAACUGAUCUUCGCGCUGCCGCUUGUAAUGGCAACAAUAACAGCAUCCCAGUGUCCUCGGCGGGAACAUCACAGCGUCCCAAAUGUACUUCAUCCAUCCCGAGCGGCAGCACCACCACCGUCGCCGAGCCACCCCAGUCCAAAAAGAGGCCGCCGGAGGACUCGUACAGCAUCUUUGACGUCUUCAACAAGAGGCUGAGGAUCGAGUCCAAAGAGACGCUACCUGCCUCAGCGCCGCAAGCUAGCUCCGCCUCCUCCUCGUAUUCCUCUUCUGUUGUGGUGAUGGUCAACUGUCCCGUGUGUGAGGCCAGCGUGCAGGAGACAAACAUCAACCAGCAUCUUGACUCCUGCCUCUCCUGAACCAGCACCACUCCGGGAUGUCCACUUCAUUAGGGGUACCUAAUGAAGUGGCAGGUGAGUUUUGCUCCAGAGUGGUUUUUAUAGUGCAAUGUUUGCCCACUGAGGAUUUUCAAGUGCUGUGUGUUUUAUAGCUUGGAAACAAAUCGCCUUCAUUCCCAGUCAAGUUGUGCCUUAGCGAAAUUGACUUUUGACUUGAAGCCCGUUUCAUGUGUGUUGUUUUUUUUACUGCUGUUUUAAAAGACUGUUCUGCUUGUUCUACAAAUAAAGCUAUUUCUAUUCAAAAUAUAUUUGAAAUGAACACUUAUCGUUAGGUACGUGCGUCUCGUAUACAAUUGCAUUGAAAAGCCCAGACAGGAGCUGUUUUU